AUGGAAUCAGGGCAAGUUGACGUUGUGAUUGAGCAUUGGUAAGUCCUAUUUAGUAAAAAUUGCAAGGCUCAUGAAUGGUGCACAAAGCAUGAUGAAGUAAAAUACAAUACAUUUUUCGAGAAGACUAAAGCAGAAAUAGAGUCUGUGUGCCCAGAAGUUAUUGUUCAUGAAAACUAUGAACAUCCAAUGCUACGCCCUAUUUUAGAAGCUAGCUCAAAAAGAAGCCCAUUUCCAAAACCAUCAUUUCCAAGAAUGGGCUCCUUUGAGGUAUAUUUCAGAGGACAAGUUAUUUCAUCAAAGCUGCAAGCUGGGAUUUGGCCUCAUCCAGCAGCAAUUGCCCAUAAAAUUAGGGAAAUACUUGAUGGUGUAAUUCUGCCACCCCAAGCUAAAACCCAAAAUGAUUUUAACAGCAGGUCUAAAAGAAGUGUUUCGCCUCAAAGAAAUUCUGCUUCUCCGCCAAGGAAUGCCCAGAGUCCUCCAAAGCCAAAAUUUGUUGUAGCAAAGCCAGCUCAGGCGAAGCCAAAUAUAGAAAAGUCAAAUGGAGAUGUGAAAAAGGUUGAGGAAAUUAAAAAAGAGCAACCAAUUAUCCAUAGUCCUGAAUAUGAGUUUAAUUUUGAUAGUGAGCCAUUGACGAAGUCACAUGAAGAACAGCGUAUAAUGAAUGAAGAGAAAAAGGAAGAAACUCAAGCAGAAAAGUUUGAAGAAAAAUAUAGUGAGCACCCAAGUGAAGUUCAUAGGAGUAUGCGUAGUGAACAUUCUGAGAAAAUCAAAGAAGCAAAUAAUGAAGAGAUGAAUAAGGAGGCUGAUGAAGAUCAAUAUGAAGAAGAUUACUAUGAGGAAGAAAAUAACAGUGCUAAUCCAAGUCCUUCUCAUAAAAGUUUACAUGAAAGCCAGAAUGGAACUUCUUCUCAGAAAGGCUUAAAUGAAAGCCAGCAUGGAGCUCCCUCUGAGAAAAGUUUCCAUAAAAGUCAGCGUGAAACUCCUUCUCAUAAAAGCUUAAACCAAAGCCAGCAUGAAGAUCCUUCUUUAAAGAGUUUACAUGAAAGCAAUUAUGGAACUCCUUCUCAGAAAAGCUUGCAUGAAAGCCAGCAGGAGAAUCCGUCUUUUAAGAGUUUUCAUGAAAGCCAAUAUGAAGAUCCUUCUAAUAAAAGCUUGCAUGAAAGUCAGAAUAAAGCUUUAUCACGUCAAAGUUUGCAUGAAAGCCAGUAUGGAACUCCUUCCAAUAAGAGUCUUCAUGAAAGCCAGCAAGGAACUCCUUCCAAUAAGAGUCUACAUGAAAGUCAGCAUGAAGCUUUCCAGAAGAGCUUGCAUGAAAGCCAAUACGAAGAAGCUUCUCAUCAAAGUUUUCAUGAAAGCCAGCACGAAGCUUUAUCACGUCAAAGCUUGCAUGAAAGCCAGUAUGAAGCUCUAUCGCGUCAGAGUUUGCAUGAAAGCCAGCAUGGAACUCCUUCCAAUAAGAGUUUUCAUGAAAGUCAGCAUGAAGCUUCCCAGAAGAGCUUGCAUGAAAAUCAGCACGGAACUCCUUCCAAUAAGAGCUUACAUGAAAGCCUGCGCGAAGAUCCUUCUCAUCAAAGUCUCUAUGAAAGCCAGCACGAUGCUUUAUCACAUCAAAGUUUGCAUAAAAGUCAAAAUGCAACUCCUUCCAAUAAGAGUCUUCAUGAAAGUAUGCAUGAGGCUUCCCAGAAGAGUUUGCAUGAAAGCCAGCGUGAAACUCCUUCCAAUAAGAGUUUUCACGAAAGUCAGCAUGAAGCUUCGCAAAAGAGCUUGCAUGAAAGUCAGCACGGAACUCCUUCCAAUAAGAGCUUGCAUGAAAGCCUUCACCAAGAUCCUUCUCAACAAAGUUUCUAUGAAAGCCAGCACGAAGCUUUAUCGCGUCAAAGUUUACAUGAAAGCCAGCGUGGAACUCCUUCCAUAAAGAGUCUUCAUGAAAGUCAGCAUGGAGAAUUCGAAAAGAGCUUGCAUGAAAGCCAGCAUGGAACUCCUUCUAAUAAGAGUUUUCAUGAAAGUCAGCAUGAAGCUUCCCAGAAGAGCUUGCAUGAAAACAAGAAGGGAACUCCUUCUAAUAGGAGUUUUCAUGAAAGUCAGAAGGGAACUCCUUCCAAUAAGAGUUUUCAUGAAAGUCAGCAUGGAGCUUCCAAUAAUCAUUCUUUUCGUGACACUCCUUCUCAUAAAUCAAUUUCUCAUGAGAAUCCAGCCCAUGAAACCCCAUUUCAUUACUCUGGCGAGCACGCAAACGAAAAUGGCGAGCCUGAAGCAGACAAAAACCAAGAAGGUUCUGAACGAAAUUUUGAAGAAGAAUCUCCUGAAAAUUAUGAAGUAAUUUUUAUUUACUCCUUCUUUGUGAGCGAAUAGAAAAUUGUUUAUAUAAAUAAUAAUUAUCAUGAGAUUAAAAAUAAUUUUGAUGAAAAUUUAACUUUCAGUCGGUAAUUGCUUAAAGCAUAAAUUAAAAAAGGGAUUUUUAAAAACUUUUUUAAGCAAGAAAUUUUAUAUAUUUUUGAAUUUAAAAUAGCCCUGGAAUAAGCUAAACACUCUAUUCAUUUUCAAGGGGAAUUUAGCAAGAAGCAGUUAAUGAAAACCAAGAACCUACUGCAGAGCCUCCAUUUCCAGUCACAAACGCCAUUACUGCAGAAAUGCUUGUAGGAGAAACUAUACAAAAGGAAAUCACUAUUUCUAAUGAAACUGAAGAAGAACAGCUCUAUCACGUUGAAAUUACUGACCCAAAGCUUAUCGAGCUUAAAGAGCAAGACAUCACUCUUGCUCCUAACAGCAAAGGGGAUAUUCAAUUAGUAUUUCUGCCAAUUGAAGAGCCCUGCCAAGCAACUACCUAUUUAAUAAUCCAACAGGAUGAAGUAGUCAAGGACUGUUAUGAAAUCAAAAUCGAUUAUAUGAGCAGUAACUAG